GGCGGGAAGAGCGCGCACGCCGGUGCCGCACGCACGCGCGUUGAGGUUAGAAUUGGCGGGCUCGCGCCAGGUGUGAUCGCCGCCCCCGCUCUCGCACGCGCAGCCCCUAUCCCCAUCUCACGCUACCUGCGCAACAGCUGUUUCUCUCCGGAGAUUAUUAGUCAGAUGUUUCGGAACCAGUCGCCGCUCACCUGACUAUGGCAACGGGAGGACGCACACCUAAACAGAGGAGGUUCGAGAUGUCUGUGGCCCUGAGGAACGUAUCCAACACGCCGAGACGGCGCAGGGGGAGCUGCAAGUGUUUGUUCGGGGCUCCGGACCGGGACGAGACGAGGAGGCUGAUGGCGGAGCAGUACAGCAGGGAUAGGAAGAGGUUCAUCAGGAGAUUCAAUUUUGAUAUCGAGACGGAAUGUAGUUAUAAGGCGGCGAAGAUGGACUCGCCUGUGAAGUUUUGUGAGGAGGAUAAGGAGAAUGCGGAGAGUCCGGUGCGGACAGGGGCGGAGGCGCUGGCUUGUGUUGGGAAUACGGAGCUGAGGGUGCUGGGGUCACCUUCGAGGCGGAGUGGCGCGAGCGUAGCCAGCUCUCCACGAUCGCCGCGCACCCCGCGCACCCCGCGAACGCCCCGCGCCGCGCGCACGCCCCGCACGCCUCGCACACCAGCCUCACGGAGACAGCUGCAAAUGACAGAUUACUGGACACUGCGGAAACACACGGACUCGACGUCGAGCGACAAAGAGAACUAGGUUUAUUAUUACUAAUAUUGUUUUUAUCAUUAUUAAUAUCAUUUAAAUUAUUGAAAGAUCAAUAUUAAUUGUAAUUUUCUAUUAAGAGAAACCAUAAUGCCUAUGCAAUGGUUAUUGUGGUAGGCGAGUACUUUACCGUGACUUUAGUUAGUUAUCCUCAUAAUAUACAUUUUAUAGGCAUUUAAGUUUCUCUUGUGUGAAACGGUUUUAACACGUGCAUUUAUUUUGGUGUAAUUGGGCACACCACGGACACUUCAUACAAUACACCUCGUUUUACACAGACACUACACUUUGAGGUUAUCGUACACGCGCAUCUGUGUGUGUGACUUCUGACGCCCAUACGAUUGACGACUAAAGUAAGACCGAGGGGAUGAGGUAAACCUAGCUCAGCCGCUGGUGGGGAGCGAAGAAUUGCCGUUCUACACGUAGUAUUAUUCCUUAUUCUAUGAUUUGGGUUGAAAUAUUUAACUUUAGAUAAAAUGUUCAAUGUAGAUAUUAACCAGACUUUCAUAAGCGAAUGUUGUACUUAUUUAAUUAUGAAGUGUUCGGUUAGGUAUACACUUCCCACCGUUGAACUCAGGGCAGCUUUUUGUUGAAUUGUCAAUUGUUUUACAUAUGAAAUAACUGUCUGUUGGUCUAACGGAUGUCAAUGCACAGCAUCGCAUCGAAGUAUUCUAGUGUAAAAAGUGCAGUCACUGAGCCCAGCGAAUUUGUAAACAGUGGUAAAAUUAUGAACCAUUAGUUGUCAUAAUUAUAAAAUUUAUGAUUUUGUAGGUGUUUUUGGUCUAUUACAGAAACGAAAUGUAAGUAACAGGUCUUAAGUGCAACCAGUUAAUUUAUUACUAUGCAAGAAACUGAUUCGACUUUUGCACCUUAUCGUACAUUCCUUCUUUCAACAAAUGGUAGACCACCAGUCUUGUUGGUAGAAACGGAAAAAUUACAUUUAAAUGAUGACUAAGGUUUUCCGGCAUAAUGUCGCACUGUAAAGUAUUACAGUGCGACAGUAGCGCCGCUGCGGUGGCUCUGCCGUCAAGUGCGCGCAAUACAAUUUAAAACUGUUUGGUACAGUAUUACAGUGCGACAUUAUGCCGCUGCUUUUUUCUGCCGCGCGGCGAAAACCUCGUAGUGCGCGCCUGGCCUAAGUCCCAUGUAGUAUUGCCAUUAACCGGGCACAAACCUUGGAAAUCACGUGAUAUGAAUUAUCUACGAUCUCAACAUGAGCAUUGAACAUUGAAAUAGUAGUCGAUACCAACGGUUUACAGUGUCUUCCGAGGCACAGACUCCUUAAGAAGAAUGCAAUGUGAUCCGAUGCUUUGCAGACCGAUGCGUAUGCAUCUAGUCCUUAAGACGCUAUUCUUAUGACAUUUUUUUUAUAAAAUUUUUCACUUGGCUAUAUUCACUUAGAGGCUAAAUUCUUUUUUCAGUGGUUGUCUUAUGACUGUUAUUGAUCAAUCAUUUCAUGGGUUCUAUUAAAUUGUUCUAUGGUACGGAAAGUUAAUGUUAAAUGUGAAGUUCCAAAGGAAUUUAUAGGUUUAUGUUAUUUUAAAUAAAGUAAGUGUACAAUCGUAUGUUUUAAAGGGAAAGCGUCCACAGUUUUAUGUUCCUUUUAACAUUUUAAUAAUGUCUUAGACCAAACUUUGUUAAUUUUAGUGUUAACAUUAAACGAAUAAAAAAAUAUUUGUAUUUGUAAAAGGAUUUGUUUGUUUAAAAAUGGCAAUAUCGUCGCCUUGUGAAAAUCGCAUAAAAAUCACAUCUUGAUGUUAUUUUUUUUAACAAAACCGCGAUUUAUUUACAUGACAACUGCGUUCCGCGCGGCGCGAAUUAUAUCAAGCACUUGGACCAAUAAACGAUACGAAUGCUAUCUACGUUGAUGGACGUCAAACGGCUAUUGGUCGAAGCGCUCAAUAUGAUUCGCGCCGCGCGCGGUGCGGUUGUCUUGCAGACCCGGCUGGAUUGAUACUAGCUUGUCUAUUGCGAGAUUUUGUUAACAAAAAUCACAUCCGAGUGUGAGUUUCGAAUGAAAAAGACGCUUACGUGUGUGGGUUUUCACCAAGGAAUAGAAGAAAGUUAUGGUUUUCUAUAAGGUGGCGAUAUGCUAUUCGACUCAUAUAACAUGAUUAGUAACAUGCAUAUAUAGCUUAGAAAUGUUUUAUAAAAUAUUACUUACUUAAUUUUGAGAAAUGGAUGAAGUAUUUUUUAAAGCUGUGAUCUCAGAUUUAAAUAACUAUAGAUAUAAAAACUGUAUAACUACGUGUUUUAGACACGUACAGUCAUGAGCAAUAUAAUGUACCCACUUUAGGACUCUGUCGCACUAACAUAUUUGACAUUUAGUGAGACUUACAGUUCAAUUUGUCAAAUAAGUUAAUGUGACAUGGUACCAAAGUGUAUAUAUAUUAAUGCUCGUGACCGUACAAUAUCGUGAUUUCUGAUUUUGUAUAUUUUUUAUGUCUAUAGUUUUUUUUUUAAACCUGAGAGUGUAUUGAAAUUGUCGUUGUCUUAGAAUCUAGUCCCUGAUCUCCGCAUAUAGUACCUAAACUAUUGCUCAUCGCCUCGGGGAGCACGCUUCCUAAUUAAUCUGUCCCUUAGAUAUUGGUGCUGAUUCCCGUACACACCUCCUAAUUUUAUUUUAAGUUAUACCUGUCAUUUUCUUAUCCGCCGAAAAUGAAAGGGACGGGUAAUCGACAGUCGUAAAAUUUAUGUAACACGCGUCAAUUUUAUGCAGUUUAAACAAUCUUCUCAAAAUUGUACAUAUAAUAUACGGAUGAAAAGGCAUUUUCUGGGUAAGCUCGUUCCACCUUCGAUCUCUUCUUCUCCUCGUGGAAGAACGAAGUCAAGAGUAAACCCAUCUUAAUUCAAAAACUAAAAAUACAUUGGUCAAAGGCCGACAGAAUUAAGUGAUAGCACAUCAGCGAGAUGCCUAUUUGAUUCGCCUGGGUUAUUCAUUGAUACACUCAUUCAUUUUAAAAUUAACGCCUGUCAAUUAUCUGUCCCUUUCCUUUUCGGCGGAUAUAAAAAUGACAGGUAAUAUAACUUAAAAUUAUUUUGGGAUGUGUCUGCAGGAAUCGGGGCCAUUUAGUAUUUAAUAUAAUAUAAGAAAGAGUACAUAAUAUUAGAAAUAUCUUGGAAUUGGUACAUAAUACUAUUGAAGAUUGUCAAUAAUGUAAAACUGCAUGAAAACAAAUUAAUCUGGUUUAAAAUGCAUAUUUAAUUUUAAACCAGAUUAAUAGAAGAUAAAUUUGAGUUACUUAUCUAAUUUAUUGUAGUGUAAUGAAUACACAAUUUAUUGUAAGUAUACUAAAUACUUUAUACUACUUCUAUAGGCAUCCAAAGAAAUCGAAAAACUUAGGAAUAGAAUUCAAUUUCAAUUUUAAUUAGGAACAUUAUAUUAAAAACCUUAAAAAACCCACUAGUAAGUAGUAAUAAUAAAUAAAUCUGGGAGCACGGGAGUGCCCCCGCCAAGACGAGCAAAGCGAAGCGCAAGGAUAGGCAUAGGCACUACCUACCUUUUCUCGAGUUUCGUUUUACACAUUUAUUUCUUAUUUCUACUACUCGUAUUUAUAAUUUAGGUAAGUAGGUAAUAUUUUUCCGUUAAUGCUUACGAAACUUUAAUUUGCGGGACGUUUCGAUCUUUUUGAUGAGAAGUGUGUGAAGUUGUGUAUUUAUAGUAAAAUAAUAAACUUAAAGUUCUUCAAAAAAAUCGUGUCACCGCUGUCUGUAAUGGUCGAUAGCCGACUGUGUUAGUACCAUCAGGUGAGAUUGUGGUCAAACGGGACCCUAUAUUAUUUUGCCGAAAUGGUGUGGUUUAUGCUAAUUGUGGUGAUACUGACUAGGUGUGAGACUAAGUAUAUUAUGUGGUUCAGAAGGGCGGCAAAUAAUAAGUGCGUGUUCACUGUAAGGCGUUUACUAGGUGACUGACAUACAAAAGUUCUUAAAGCUAACUUAUCUCUAUGUUUACCUUAACAAGUAAUAUGAGCUACGCUACAAUACCUCCCCCUUUUGUAUAAACUACCCCUUAUGAAAAAUACAAGUUGAUAUCUAUGUGCUAACAAAAAUAAAAAAAGAAAAGAAAUAAAUGAUGUAUAAGUAACCUAUAUGAGAAAAAUAAAAAAAUAAAUUUAAUUAAUGGUUUACUUAAAGCUACGUGUUUGUUUUAAAGUUUUUCAAGCGCGCACUUAUGAGCACUCGCGAAUAUAUUAUCGGUCACAUUAACCUGACAUACAAAAGUUCUUAAAGCUAACUUAUCUCUAUGUUUACCUUAACAAGUAAUAUGAGCUACGCUACAAUAUUAAAGAAAAAAAGCCAUUUAUCAAGACUAAUUAAACUUCUAUACAUUUUAUUUAUGUGUUAUAUACUAAUUCCAAGAUUUUUAGAUAUAGUGCCAACCUUUGCCUAAGAUUGUUAUAAAAAAAAUAACUAACUAGGCUGGGGCUCUUUGGGUAUUCUUUAAAACUAAUUUAGAAAAAAAAUCUGUUUCAAAAAACAGAUUUGUAUUUAUAAUUGAGUAGACUAGUGUACAAUACGCUUCAUGGAUUUUUUUAAUGUUAAAUAAAUGAACUAAUUUACUU